AAGCAAAUUCUUUUUAUCAUUUUGUUUCGCGAAAUGAUAAGAUUUAAAUCAUAAAAAAAUAUAAAUACCGAUCGCAUUUUAAUAACCACAGUUGGUUAAGACUAGUUACCAAAAUGAAAUUGACUCUCUCAUUGUUGUUUGUAUUUUUGGCAUACACAGUUAUUGCUGUGCCCAUCGAUGAGGCAGCAAUUAACAAAAAUCAUCUUGACGAACCGACUAGAGACUUUCCUGAAGGCGACCGUGAAGACAUUGAUUUGGACUUAGAUGGUGAAGUUGAUGAAGAGUUACUACAAGGGAUCGCCGAACGCAACUUGUACUUGUUGUUCACCAGACGCAAUCCUGCUUCCGCGCAAACAUUGGUCAUUAACAAUGCAGAAACCAUUAGAACCUCUAACUUCAACCCUAAUCACCCUACGGUGGUAAUUGCUCACGGCUGGUUGAGUAACCAAAACACUGGCAUCAAUUCCCUAAUCAGAGACGCAUACCUUGGAAAGGGUGAAACCAAUGUGAUUGUUCUUGACUGGAUGCGUUUGGCCAUAUCUAACUACGUCACUGCUGUUCGCGGUGUACCUGCUGUAGGCCAAGGAUUGGGACAGUUCAUCCGUUAUCUCAUCUCUGUCACUGGGGCCAGAUACGAGGACAUUCACCUAGUUGGAUUCAGCUUGGGUGCUCAUCUUGUUGGCAACGCUGGAAGGGAACUUCUUGGAAGAGUCGCACGUAUCACUGGUCUAGAUCCCGCUGGUCCCCUGUGGGUUUUGAACGCGAACCGCCUUAGACCCAGCGACGCCAGAUAUGUGGAGGUUAUCCACACCAAUGGUGCUUACACCGGCCUAGGCAUCGGCAUGUCUAUUGGUCACGCUGACUUCUACCCAAACGGUGGCAGCUUCCAGCCCGGCUGUCUGACUUACAUCUGCGACCACAACCGAGCCUGGGAGCUGUUUGCUGCGACUGUCUCUUACAACCAUCUGAUUGGAAGGCAAUGCUCAAACUCUGUCCAGAUAAAUCUUAACACGUGCCGCGGGGACACCUAUCCCAUGGGCAAUGACGAAUUACACAAAUUCGGACUUGGAGAAUUCCGCGUUAACACCGACAGGAGAUAUCCCUUCUAAGGAUCUUGUGCACGAAAAUUACAUACAUACACUUAGCGAAUUCCAUGACAAUAUUUAUAAGUAAAUUUCUGGUUCAUAAAUGUUAUGUAGCCUUAAUAACUAAAACUAUAUAAUAAUAUAAUUAACUAAAACUAAAAAUAAUAUUACCAUUGAGAAUAAACUAGAUACUUAAAAAGUUUAAUUUUAAAUAUUUUCUACAUAAUGUUCUGUGAUUUAUUUUAAUAUAAAUAUGUUUAUCUUUAUUUAAGAGUAAACAUAAACAUUAAAACUUUUGUACUUAACUUUCAUUAAUAUUUAUAAUUCAAUACCAAUGUUACAAAUACAUAUUUUUGUUAAUAUGUGCCAUGAAACAUAUUAAAAAAGUUAUAUAAAAUAUUAUUAUCUUGAUAUUUUAUUUUAUUUUAUUUGUUAUCGUAUAAUUAUCAUUAUUGUAAAAUUUUAUUUUAUCAAGUGAGACCUAAUAUGAUAAAGAAUUAAAAAAAUUACAUAAAUAUACAUUUAAAGAAACAAAAAGUAGUCAUAACACACACAUGACUUCUUAACUUAAUUGAAGCUUUUAAGAUAGCCCAUAAGAGGCAAAGGUGUAAUAAUGAAUAUGUAUGUAGGAAAGUGUUUAAAUAUAAAGAUCAAGUGAAGGCUUUACUAUAUCGAACAUUUUAAAAUGUCUCUAUUAACUCAGCACUUUUAAUUUUCUAACACCUUUAAUAAACUCAAAUAUAUUUUUUCCUUCAAUA